AUGGCAGGGCAAGUCAAGGGUAAGGCUAAGUCUGAUAACUAUCACCCCGACUCAGAGUCUGAAGCUGAUAAUCUUCUCUUUACAGGAGUGCGUAGAUCCGAACGAGCACGACAAAUCCUCCGUCUUAUCGCACACCUUGAACAAGCAGAUAGUCUAGGACAUGCUGAGAUUAUCAGCAAGUUAAAGGACAAGAAGGUAGAACUCGCUUGGAUUCAUGGGUUGGCGCAGCUUACGCCCGAGAGCCAAACUGAGGAGCAGUGGCUCAAGUCUUGGGACAGGCGUAAGGGUAAUGUUACUUCGUGGAUUACUAACAACAUCGAAAACUGGAGUGAGACCAUGGCAGAAGAAGAUAAGAAAAGACUGACAGAUGUGGGCAAGUUACUCAUGGAGCAGUCUUCUAGAGGCGCUAUCAAGCAACACGCGGCUAACAACGAAGAUCUCCCUACUCAUGAUGACCUGCCUACUAAGGCAAACGAUGCGUCGGCGGAUAUUUUUGAAUUGACACGUCUUGAAGAAAGUGCUGAGUCUUCGGCUGAUACGGCAUCUGGUCAAGGUACCGAGGAGAACAAUCAACAAGAUCAUAAAGCCCCACCGACCACAGAAGUCUCCAAGACGAAUGAACCCUCUCGGCAUGUUACGCCGUCGACCCCAGAGAAAAGUCGGGACAUUGAAAGAGUUUUGAAUAGAUUUGAAGACUAUCUCGCACGUCAGGAUAUGUUUAGGUCUGCUCUUAAUCAACAGGAUAACCCAAGGAUUAUAGAUAAGAUCACUGAUUGGUUUCUCCAGCGCCAGGCACUUCGCGCGCGAGAUGAACGAAUUGCUCGAGAUCGGGGAUACGGCAUAAAGUGGAGAAAUGAGAAGGCUGAUCUGUAUCCGCUGGACAAAGCAGUUAGACGGGCUGAGAAGGAGAAGGCGAGGGCUAUGGGGAAGAAAGUUCGGUGGGAUUUGGAUGGAGCGAAGUUUGAGUGA